GGCGUCGGGAUGGUGUGCUGGUGGUGUGAAGCGAGAGAGUGCAGCAGCAGCAGCAGCAGCACCUGUGGCACCAGCACAAAGGUGUUGGCCAGAUGAGCAGCACCUCCCCCGAACCCCCCCCAGGAGUCCAGCCUGGGGGGCCGGCUGGGGACCAAACAGGCGGACCCCAAACCUUGGCUCACUCUCCGCAGAAAACCCCUCAAUCACAACACAGCAUUGAGGGGGAGACAGUUGGAGGAGCUGAGACUUGUGGCCGCCUGGACCCUCGGCCGCCUGUGCCAGGUGGUGAGGACGUCCCGGGGCAGCACCACUUCCACCACGGGGAGUGGGCCAAGGAGAGCCUGGAGGACUGGGGCAAGCCUGGCCAGUGCCUCUCUCCUGAAGCCCCACUCCCCAUCCACUCUCCUUGUCCAGGUGAAGGCGGGGGCGAUGGGCCAGCGUUGGCGGGGGGCUCCGUGGAGGGAGGUUCGCCCUGCUUUGGUGGGGGGGAGGGAGGCUCCACCCCACCUGUCAUCCGCUGGUCGUACUCACUGCCACAGCUUCUAGAAGAUUCCCAGGGAGUGCAGCUAUUCCAGGAGUUCUUGAAGGAGGAGUGUGGCUCUUGUGAGUCUCUCCACUUCUGGUUCGCCUGCAAUGGCCUCAGGAAAUCCACCCAGGAUCCCUCCCAGCUUGUCACCAUCAUUUGGAAGCGCUUUAUUCGGAACUUCGUUGUUAGGGUCUCUGAAAAGACCUACAAGAUUGUCAAUGACCGCAUAAAUGCUCGCAGUAUUGACCGGAAUAUUUUUGAUGAUGCCCAGAGAGAAGUGGAAGAAGAAAUUGCCCGCAGCACGUACCCAAGUUUCUUGAAGAGCGAGCGCUACCUAUUGUACCUAGAUGCUGCCUCACAGCAGGCAGGCGGGGCAGGCACCGACUCCCCCCAUACCCCUUCCCCUGGUAGCCCAGGGAAUGGAGGGUCUGGGGCAGGGACGGGGGGCGUCUUGCCCACCUUGCAUGAGGACUGUGAGUUUGAAGGCACAGCUGCCACAGGGCACAUCCGCCUCACACAGGGAGCCUUGGCUGCCACAGUCAAACAGAGGGCGGCAGCAGAGAGAAGAAGACCUGAGGCCUUUGCUGGGCAAUAUUUGCAUGGCAGCAGCGGGUGUGUUGGGGGUGGUGUCAACCCCUACCACGCAGUGUAUGCCUCGGCACAUGUGUCCAGCAGACUGGACUCAGAGCUUCAAAGUCUAAGUUCUGAUGCACUCACCGAUGACACGAUGUCAUGCACUGAUUCCUCUGUCGAUGGAAUGUCAGUUGGGUUUGGUCGUAACAUCAACCCAAAAUACCUCAAGAGACAGUACCACAAGAUGCGCGAGAAUGCCCGCCAGAAUCGUGAGCUAGCCUUGAGUGCAGCCACGGGGGGCAGCUUCCCUAGCAGUGCAGGAGGGGGUGGGGGUGGGAUUCUCCAUGGUGGCGUGCCCUUUGUCCCCCGCACGCACCGCCUGCGCCAUGAGUCCGUGCCCAACCUCAAGCCGCCCGAGUUUGCUGCACUUCUUAUAGAACGGCUGGAGAAGGUCAAGAGAGACCGUGAGUCGCAAGAGAAGGUGCAGCAGUCCUUCAAGAAGAUCCAGGAGGGGGACAAUGUGUCGGACGAGUGCCGCAGACAACACGCCUUCAACAGUCUUCCUCCUUCGCUUCUCUUGGAUAAACUUAAUCAGAAGAUUCCUCUAGAUGAUGUAGAUCCUUGCCAGUCUAUAUUAGAUGAGCACGUCUCUCGAGUGUGGCAGGACAGCAACAACGACACGCCUGCUCGCUCCCCCGGAUCCCCUAGACCCAAGUCACCCUCAGGCAGACGGCCUGGCGCUCAGCCUCGGCCAUUGCCUUUGUCAUCCAAGGGCAUGGUGAGCGGCACUCAUCCGUCCAUGUAUGUCUCCGGCUCCAGUUACCUGCCCUCGGUUCAGCCUGGCCACCAGGGCCACUUGCCGCCCGGCCACCCAGCUCAUCUCCCCCCUGGCCACCCAGCUCUCCUACCCCCUGGCCACCCUCUGCACCUACCCCCUGGCCAUCCUGCACACCUCCCACCAGGCCAUCUUCCCCACCCGUACCAAGCCAGCAAAAAUUGGCAUCACACUCGCCGCAGAGAUCGCGGCCAAGACGUAAACUCUACAUUUUCGUCGGAUUCUGGAAAUGUAGCAGAUUAUUACGAAAGCAAUGAGAGGGGUGCCCUCCACCCACUACCCAAGUCUCGUUCCAUGCCAGAAUACAUGGAGAAUUAUGCAGGCACGAGUAGUGAUGGUGGUAGCUCAGGGCGACGCCAGUCUAGUGGCCGACGAAGCAGCUCACGACGACCUCCAGCCGACCUGACAGACUCAGGAGUAUCGGUGGUGUCUGACUCUGGCCCUUCCUUAGCCCCCUCAGCAUCAUCCACAGAGAGGGUGACCUCAUGGCUUCUAGAGAGUGAUAAAUUUAGUGGGAGUGGCAGCACGUCCAGUGUGUACCCCGAGCAUGAGUGGGACCCCAGGCUACGAGGGAGCCGGUCCACACAUACUGCUGCUGGGGCUACUUCUCCUGGAACUCUAAGACGCAGUGGAAGUACCGGUGGCCGCAGGAGUGUGAGCGGUGGCAGCGUGGGUGGCUCAGGGACACUGGCUAACACGGGCAGUAAUGUGAGUGCCAGUGGCAGCCUCAGUGGUGGCAGCGUUGGGGGAGGCCGGUCUGGCUCACUUGACCGUGGCCCUGCUGGCUGGGUGACAGCAGGCAUGGAGCAGGGUGGCCACAUGGGGCAUGGCAUGCAUGCACCUCAUAUGCCCCAUUCGCAUGCCGUGCAUGGCUCACAUGCCUCACAUUCUGAAGAAAAGAGGAGAAAUCGGGGUGGUGGAUCCAGCCGGUCUGGAGGCCACAGCUCAAGCCAUGGCUGGGGUCACCCGGAGAGCGGCAGCAGUCGUAAUCAGGGUCAUGGUGAUGGGUCAGGGCCAGUGUGCCCUGGGUCCAAUGGCUCCACUCUCCGAAAGCAGCGACCUUCAAGGCACUCACAACCAACACCUCCAGGAAUGUAUGAAGGCAGUGGCGUGAGUGGUGGCAGCAGCAGCACGGGCAGUGGUGGAGGCGCAUGUGGAGGUGGCUGUGCGGGUGCAGGCGGGUCGGCUUCCACAGCAGGUGGCGGGCUUGGGGGGGGUGGAGGAGGCUCUGGGUCGGUCAUGAGCACCACCACAGAGAGCACCACUGUCAUUUACAACUUCCACGACGACGACGUUCCCUUCGUCACCCGCAUCCCCACCCGCCCAGUCACUCUCAGGCGCUUCAAACAACACUUACCUAAGAAAGGAAACUACAGAUUCUUCUUCAAGAAACAGUGUGAAGAGUUUGGUGUGAUCCAGGAGGAAGUGACGGAUGACCAGGAAAUUCUGCCGCUCUUUGAUGGAAAGAUAUUUGCGCAGAUAAGAAAAGCGGACUGAAAUGCUGUUGAGGGGGAAGGGAGGGGGGAAAGAUGAAAUAUAUAUAUAUUAUUUUGUGAAGUGGAGUGUUGUAUGUGUGAAAGUCCCUUGUGAUGGCUGUUGGGAAGAGAGUGCAUCUUGGAGUGGAUCUCUGAGGGAGGAAUGUGUUUGGUGCUCACAAUACCCCAAAGGGGAUGUACAUAUAUGAUAUCUACCCGACAACACCAUUAUAAAGCAACAGGGAGGAACACUCUUAGACUGGUGGUGUUAAAUUGUAUGUUGUGCUGUGGAGAUCGUUGAGAGGGCAGUGCACGCACAGAGCCUGCCUGCCUGCCAAGCCCGAGCGCCAGUCUGCGAGAACUGUGGCUUGCCGCUGGGGCAGAGUGGUGGGAGUCCCGUGACCCCUCAAGCCUACAAGUGAUAGGCGUAAUUUCUUACCUCAUUUUAGAGAUAACAGGAAGAUAUGUGUAAGUGUGAAGGUGUGUUGGCUGGAGGACACUGGAUUGAAACAACAGUGCCCAGCUCUUCUUCGUUUGCAAAUACUUGUCAAGUGCAGGCUGACACCGACUGCCAGCCACCAUGCAGCUUGUUUGUUGCCAACACCAUCAUUCUGGCAACAGUCUGAUGCAACUGUAGUCAUUCCAGCCUCGGCAUGUUGCAUCUCUUGCCAGCAUGGCUGCUAAUUGUAGCCACCAUCUCUGUGCCUGAUGCCAUCACUAGCAGCUCUUGCUACAUCCAUCUGGUUUCUCAGAUGCCAACACCAUUAACACUUGUUGCCACUGUUGUCAUUAUUGUUUUUUUAUCUUUUAUUUAUUUAUUUAUUUAUUUAUUUUUAUGUAUUUAUUUGUUAUUAUUAUUUUUUAGAAUUAUUAUGCUUCCAGGUAAUAAUAAACAAAUACAGAUCAGUGUAUCACAUAAUAUAUAAUAUUGUAUUAAAUAACAGAAACUUGCUAGCUUAACUUUUUUAUCUACAGAGUUAUGUCCUAAGCAUUGCUAGGAUGACAAAAACAAAAUGAAAUGGCAUGUGGUACAAUGUUCAUAUAUAUGAUACACAUUAGAAUGCUCAAGAUCCAUAUAUUAUAAUGUAUGAUAAUAUAUUGACAGCAAGUAAAACAUUGGUCUGUAAAUCAAACAAUAUUAUAUCAAGAAGUAAUACAUAUUUUACUUUAAAGCAGCUUAUCAGUGUUUUAUCAUACAUUAUUAAGUGUGCCAUUAGGUAGUGUUUGGUAUAAUGCUGAUGGUAUACAAUGGAUACUUGACAGCCUGUACAAAUGACACUGUAUUAUACACCAUAAAAGGAGAAAAUUCAAGAUUUGUCUCCUUUUACACACAUGUACAUUAUUUGGAACAUUUUUAGACCCCUAAUCACAGUUUUACAUUUGUUAACUUGUUAUGCAACUAUUAUUUUCUGCAAGAGCUUUGUAAAAGUCUGCAGUUGUACUGUUGCUGGAAAAGAAAUUUAAAAAAUAGAAAAAAAAAAGUAGGGAGACCUGCAAUAAGCUUCUUGCCGUGGCAUGUAAGGUCCUGCAAAGGAGCUUACAGAACUCAAGUGUUAAUGUGCCCAAGCUUCACUAGUCACCAACCAGAUGGUAAAGCCCUGAGUUGAAAGUGUGGCCUCAUGCCGACGCUGGUCUGUGAGUGUCUGCAGAUGAAACAGGAGGUAUGUGUGGACCUGCUUUAGGUGUACAAGGUGCCAGCUCCUGUUGGCUCCGGUUGCCUGUGCAGCACAGUCGAGGAGUGUACCUGAUGCAGUCAGCUGCCUACACAAUGCAAAGGAGGAGGACUUGCUGUGGAUCUUUGGCCUGCUCACCCCAAUGGUGGCGAGCUAGUGCCUGUCUGCACAGCACAACUGAGGAGGGCUGGCCAACCCCAGAACCUGUGAUACCAUCAUACUUGCACCCACUUCUUACUACUUGUUUAACUUGGUGCUAAUAUUGUAGAGGCUGUGUGGGUCGUACGUUGCCCACACCUUCCAUUGUGCCCUGGCUAUUGUCACCCCCUAAACACUGUCUUGUGAACUUCUCUCUCAGCACCUGAUCUUCCCAGACACCUGCCUUUGAUCCUGAGCAUCCAAAAACUUCACUUUCUCGGACCUGCAGUUCCCAGUACCUUUCUUUUGUCAUGCAUGACAAAAUUGAUAGCUAAAUAGUCAUCACCCACAUUAAUGCUGUUUCUGAGAACCUUAUUGCCUCCCAUCACUUUCUAGUAGCUGUUUCCUGAGAAUUUACAUUAGCUUUGUUCUUAAUUAUAUUCUAUAAGACAAGAAGUUUCUCUCAUCAUCACAUCACAGGUUUCAUCAACAUGACAAGAACUGCCUCUGGAGUCCUUGAAUCACCCAACCAGCACCAUGACACUCUUCAUCUCUUCCACUCUCAUCCAUACUAAAACUACCGCCACCUGUGUACUCCCUGACUCAUACGUCCUCACAGCCUCUGCUCACCACAUGUAAAAGGAUGUGCUAGUUACCAUGCCCAAUGUUACAUAAAACUCACCGGCCUGGUGGACUACAUGAGACUAUGUUUAAUAAUUUGCAUUGUACAUUAUUUUGCAGAGUAUGUACAAACGAUGGAGUAGGUUGGGUGAAGCCUCAUCGUGUAACUUUGUAAUAAAGGUAAACUUGUGAAGCCCAGCGUCACCUGCCUGGCCCUACCAGUGCCUGUCUUACAGUUAUCCCUUAUUGUUACUCUCUUAUUUAUAAGUUGACCCAUUUUGUUCAUGUCUCAGGUACGUCUUCUCCUUUUUACAAUAUUUAGAUAUAACAUUUAACAUUUUCAUUUUUCUGAAAUUUAUUUAGUGUUGUUCUGCCUCGGUCAAGGUGUCAAGGAACUGUGCCGUCUAGUUGUUAUUUGUUCAAGGUGACCUGUUACUUACCUGUUACAGCACAAUCCCAGGUGAUUGGUCACAAUACCUGUCCAGGUAAAUUGUCCAUGGAGAACUGCUUUGGUUGUAAAUUCACUCCAAAAUGCAGAGUCUGUUCAGGUGACAUAAUAAACCUUUGCACUGUUAUCUGUGUUGAGUUUAAGCAAUAAUAAGUACUACAAUUGCAGUUAAAAGCCAGCCUUGGUAAUGCAUAUUUCUUAUGGAUUUACAGAUUGAUGAAAGUGUAUGCAUUAUAGAACCUAGUUGUUGGUUUGAUAAUGAUUGGUGUAUUACCUUUUAAUAUUUGUAUAAUUAUUUUUUAUAGAUUAUAUUAUCUGUAGGUAAAAUCAAAACUUAUUUGUUUCUUAUAGUAAAAGAGGGUUUUUAUAUUCAUAAAUGAUAUUAUUUGAAGGAGUAUUCCUUCUCUGCCUCAAGAGUUAGAUAUCUCAGAAUUAUUUUUCCCCAACCAGUCCCACAUUCUUGAAUUAGCCCCAUACUUAAAUCUGAGUAAGAAUGUAUGUGAUAGUAAAUGAAUUAUAUGUAGAUGCAGAGCAUUAUUCCAUGUGUAUCUCCCUUUGCAAGACAUUUUACACAGAUGACUGAUGUUUCCCUCAGCAAAAAAGUAAGGGGGCACUUCAGCGGAUAACUUGAAUUUCAGGGAGAAAAUGAGGCAUGAUCCUUAAAAAGAGUUUUCUGGUGUACUCUUGAAAGGGAACUACAUUUUUUUCAAUUUUAAGUUCAAAGACUCAUUGAUCAAAAAAUUGUUUUCCUCAUACAGGCUUUGUCUCCUUAGUGAAGAUAUGAUCAAAAAGCAGUUCUCAUUUGGGCAGAUCUUAAGGAUGGGAAAACCUGGGGCUAGAAGACUGUCAGUUGUGUAGCCCCAGUGGGGGCUAUGUUAGUAUCAGCAUAAGAGUCCUGUCAUUUGUUGGACUGUGAGAUUGUCAGUAUUAUAGCUCUGUAAGUGACAGAGCUCUCGAACUGGCAGUAUUAUAGUCUCAUAAUGUGUGGGACUGCAGCUGGUUGUGUGAAUACCCUGUUUUGUGGGGUGGCAACACUUCCAGCAGUACAGCCUCAUGGUGAAAGACGCCUACUCUGUACAUACGAUUUUUUUAAAUAAACUCAUUUUGUA